GGUCACCGAGCGCCGGGCGCAGGCGGUGGGCGGCCGGGAGGCGCGAGCAGAGCGCGGGGUCCGCGACCGCCCGGCGCCGGGGCUGGAAACUUGCUCGGGCGCACGGCCGGGGCGCUGCAGGGCCCGGGGGAGGACAGCAUAGGAUUUUGUGUUUUGUUUAAAGAGAAGAAGUUGAACGUGUUCGAGGUGCCUGACUACUUGAACCUCAUCAUCUCACAGACGUGUUUAAAAUAUAUUUACAAGCAGAAAACUCCAAAAUACUUGAGAACUGGAUCUAAGUCAGAAGUUCACAUAGGUUUAAAGAAACUAACAUGGGAUUCUUUGUUCUUUCAAGAUGGAUGUAUACCCCAAAUCUUCAUCAUCAUACAAGUAGCGUUCAAGCUUCCUCUGGGUUUGUGAAGACUGAGCAAAAUGAUGACAUUAGAAAAGCAAAAGACUCCAUUACUUGCCUCAGCACCAUCUAACAUCAGCCGAGGAGUGAACUAGAUAGUCACACAGCCAUGGAAAGAAAUUCAAGUUUAUGGAAGAACCUCAUCGAUGAACACCCGGUCUGCAUUAUCUGGAAACAAGAGGCCGAAGGAGCCAUUUAUCAUCUUGCCAGUAUUUUAUUUGUAAUAGGGUUCAUGGGUGGCAGCGGGUUCUUUGGCCUCCUGUAUGUCUUCAGUUUGCUAGGGUUGGGCUUCCUCUGCUUUGCUGUCUGGGCUUGGAUAGAUGUCUGUGCAGCUGACAUAUUUUCCUGGAACUUUGUGCUGUUUGUCAUCUGCUUCAUGCAGUUUGUUCAUAUUGCUUAUCAAGUUCGCAGCAUAACUUUUGCCCGAGAAUUCCAGCUGCUAUACAGCUCCAUUUUCCAGCCUCUGGGGACCUCUAUGCCUGUCUUCAGAACCAUUGCUUUGAGCUCUGAAGUGGUUACCUUGGAAAAGGAACACUGUUAUGCCAUGCAGGGGAAAACUUCCAUUGACAAACUCUCCUUGCUUGUUUCGGGAAGGAUGCGAGUGACAGUGGAUGGAGAGUUUCUGCAUCACAUUUUCCCCUUCCAGUUCCUGGAUUCCCCUGAAUGGGAUUCGCUGAGACCCACAGAGGAAGGCAUUUUUCAGGUAACCCUCACAGCAGAAACCGACUGCCGAUAUGUGUCUUGGAGGAGAAAGAAAUUGUAUUUACUCUUUGCUCAACACCGGUACAUCUCCCGCUUGUUUUCAGUUCUAAUCGGCAGCGACAUUGCAGAUAAACUCUAUGCCUUGAAUGACAGAGUAUAUAUAGGGAAAAGUUACCACUAUGAUAUUCGACUACCGAAUUUCUACCAACUAGCAAGUGCAGAAAUGCCCAAAUCACCCCUGACCGAACACUUUCGGAAUUCCAGACGAAAUUGUGAUCAAUGACAGUAGUCUGAAGUUUUAUAAUUAUCAAAAAAACUCUCUUCAUCAUUCCCCAGAAUGAAACAACAUAGUACAGAAAAUUGAGCUCACUAAUAUUUUUAUAAAUCAGAUUCAUAGGCAAGAUGCCCUUGCCAGCUACUUUAUUCAUCUCAGCUUCUGCAUUGUGAAUAAAAUUUGCCCAUCUUU